CGCACCGGUGUGGAGUACGGGCAUCUUCACCUCCAUACGCUGCCGCAGGGCGCAAAAACCGAGGAGGCCACAGAGUCACAGCAGGACCCGACACCCAGUGCCGGCGCCUCGUCAGCGAUCGCGCGGCUCCGAAAACGGUCCCGCCGCCGCAUGCAGGGGAGUUGUUCUGGCGCAGUGCCGCACAGGCGCCUCGUCUCACUUGGGUCGGCCGCACCGCAUCGCCACGCAGUCAACAGAACCCCCAGAGUGUCGAUGGUGGCGGCCGCCCCGAAAGUGGAGGACCCCCUCCUCAGGGAAGCCCUCCCUCUCGCAUGCUGGUUUUUCCACGGGCAGCCCGAGUGGAGCAGACACUGUUUUGCCCGGUCUGCUUCGAGGUCUGUGUGCAAGGCUGCCGCGGUCAUCUGCACUAAAACGCACGUGAUUAGUCACCAUGGCCUCGGCAACGCGCGGGCCCUAAGGGCAGCUAAAGGACCCCUGACGGCCGCGCCCUUCAGACGCGUGGUCGUCUGCAAGAAAUGCGGCUUUACAACAGCGGAUAGAGAAGCGUUUUGGGAGCACAUGACGCCAAAGCACGCGAUAGGCCCGCCCCCGAGUGUGAACGAGGCCCGAGGGGCUCUCGCGGCGCCGCGUCCAACACGCGGGCCGCCUUUACGCGCGGGCGUGCACCACCGCGUCCUCCAAUUUCGUUGUCCAAUUUGCGGCGAGCGUUGCCGGAUGCAGGGCCGCCUUAGCCGGCGCAAAUGCCCACAGCUACGCCAGCGCGCCGCGAGUGUCCUCGGAUGGCCGCCUUGCGUGGGCGCCAAACGCUGUCGUCUCCAGAAUCUGUGCUGUCCAAACGCGCGCGCGUUCAAAAACUUCAGCCAUACGGCCCCUUGCCGGGCAUUCCCCCCGCACCGCGACUACGAAGUACCCCAACUUGCGGCGCGAGCGAUGGCCCGGGGCGCCUCAAACGCCCCCGUUGCCGCAGGCCGAACGUGUCAGGUGGGUGGUUCGUCGCGUGGGGGCGGCGCGCCCCGCCGAAGCAAACCCUCUGCCCCCGGGCCGCGCGCAGUCAGCGGCCGCCGCCCCCGGUAG